ACAAAUUCUAUUUUCAUCAAAAUUCAAAUCAACCUUUAUGUCAUGUGAUGGUUCAAGAUUUGCGACUGGAAAUGAUUGAUUCUUGCACUACUUGAUCUAAGGCUCAGCUCACCCCCACCGCCACCGUUUGCUCUGUAAAAAACCUUGCAAUGAUUGCUUCUACAAUCUAUUUUAAAUUGGAAGGCCAACCCAUCCACUUUCCGCCAUUAACGAACUUGUAAGAUGCUCCUCACUCCGCUUCUUUUCUUCUCUUCUCAUCCAUCAUCUACACUACAUUGAUUCUCCUCCUAAAAUCAUUGGACCUACUCUUUCCUUGGUCAAAAGCACUUUACACAUUCAUGUAAUCCUUUUUCCCUGCUUGUAAUCACCCCCAUGGAAUGGAAGCUCUGAUUUCAGAUUUCAGAUAUAAUUAUCAGUACCAAGUUCAUAAUCGAUGGGGAUUCAUGACUAGAGUUUGCAACUUGUAUCUGGGAAUAGAGGAAUUUGUGUCUUUUUGUACGCGUAGGGCUGGUUUAAUGAACCUAUGUUUCUUUCGAUCAUGAGAUUUGGAAUAUCCAUUUGGUAAUUGAUUAGGUUUUUGGCAAUAUGGAGAUCCGGAGGCGGGUGUUCAUUAUUACAUUUAUGAUUCUUCUUAUUCUAUUUGCUUUUCAAUAUUUUGUUUUUCGUUAUACAAAAAAAUUGUCCCUAUCGUUUGGGGAUAAGGCCUCAACUUUAAUGGUGGAUCAGAAUGUCUGUCAGUUGAACAAUGCUGGACUUUGUAGAUUUCAUCCAAUCGAUUCGGGUAUUAACAAAUUGGAUACCAAGAAAAAGUUUGAUUAUGAUAGUAACAAAGGAGUAAGAGAUGAAGUAGUUGGUUUGACAUCAGAAUUCUUGAAUAAAGAUACUGAUAAAAGUGAAGCAAAUGCAGAAUUAAGUUACAAUCGCCGGAUGAAGGGAGAUGUUUUGGAGAAUAGUAACAUGACAGCUGACGAAGCUAAAGCCAAUAGCAGUCCAGGGAUGAAUGAAGUUAAAAACCAAAUUAUGGUUGUUCCAAAUCAAGGAACUAUGAACAAUAGCAUUAAAAAGGUUGAUCAAACAUAUUCUGACAUUUCUGUGAUUCCUAACACAUCUUCUGACCAAAAAGAGAAGAUAAAAAACAGUAGCGAAGAAUUAGAAACCAAUGAUAGGAUUGAGCUAGUGAAGAAAGGUUCAUUUGUCUUCAAUGAUAAAAUGGUCGGGCCUGACGUAUCAACAUUGAAUGGGCCAUUUAUAUCCAUAUCUCAAAUAUACUCAAAGUUAUCAAGGGCUCACAAGUCUGCUUGUUCGAAGAGGUUGCAAUGUAGACAGACAUCCCGGCGCGACCAUGAACUACAUUAUGCAAGACUGGAGAUUGAAAAUGCUUCUGUGUUAAGGAGCACUCCAGAAAUUAGUUCUUCUGUUUUCAGAAACAUUUCAAUGUUUACAAGGAGUUACGAGUUGAUGGAAAAAAUGCUUAAAGUCUAUGUAUAUGAUGAAGGAGAAAAACCCAUUUUCCAUCAACCGAUAUUGACUGGAAUUUAUGCCUCAGAAGGGUGGUUUAUGAAAUUGCUGGAAGAUAACAAAAAGUUUGUUGUGAAGGACCCUGAGAAAGCUCAUUUAUUUUAUUUGCCCUUCAGUUCACAGUUUUUAAGGUCUGCAUUUGGAAAUAAAUUCCGCAACAAGAGGGAUCUACAGAAACCUCUCAAGAACUACAUUGACGUAAUUGGGAAGAAGUAUCGUUUUUGGAACAAAAAUGGAGGAUCAGACCAUUUUUUAGUUGCCUGUCAUGACUGGGCCCCAAAGCUCACUAAACGUUUGGUGAAGAAUUGCAUCAGAGCGCUUUGCAAUGCCAAUGGUGCUGGAGACUUUGAAAUUGGAAAAGACACCAGUUUGCCAGUAACAUUUGUACAUUCAACGGAAGACCUUAUAACCAAAAUUGGAGGCAAGCCUCCCUCCGAAAGGACCACAUUGGCCUUCUUUGCAGGCAGCAUGCACGGUUAUCUCCGGCCAAUUCUUCUACACUACUGGGAAAACAAAGAACCUGACAUGAUGAUUGUUGGCCCAAUGCCAAAUAGUAUUGAAGGGAAAAAUGCCUACAUGGAGCAAAUGAAGAGCAGUAAGUACUGCAUAUGUGCUCGAGGUUACCAAGUUCAUAGUCCUCGAGUAAUUGAAGCGAUUCUUAACGAGUGCAUUCCGGUGAUCAUAUCAGAUAAUUAUGUUCCUCCCUUAUUCGAAGUAUUGAAUUGGGAAUCGUUCUCGGUUUUUGUUAAAGAGAGAGAGAUACCGAAUUUGAGAGACAUUCUCCUCUCAAUCCCAGAGGAGAACUACCGGGCAAUGCAUUCAAGAGUGAAAAUGGUGCAACAACAUUUUCUUUGGCAUGAGAAGCCUGCGAAAUAUGACGCAUUUCAUAUGAUCCUUCAUUCUAUUUGGUACACAAGAGUGUUUCAGAUCAAAAGCAACUAACAUUGGCAAAGUUUGGGUUAUGGGUUGAACAAGGGCAACUAGGCAAUUAUCAAUAAUAUAGCACAUGAAGUGGGUUGAAAACUAGAAAGACACUGUUUUCCAAGCUGUGGAGCUCAAACAGUGAGGUUUCAUUGAACUCGCAAGAUAUAUAGUUUAGUCAUAUAUUACCCAUGUCAUGAACAAACAUUCUUUUCACAUUCAAAAAUCUGAUAAGCUCAGGCCUUGCCGCCUUAGAUAGGCCAUAAAUUACGUAUUUAAGAUGACAGUUUUGUUACUUAGGAGUAUAUUUGUUGAGAAUGUAGUAUGUACAACCACAAAUCUUGAAUAAGGGAAGGAAAUUGGUUUUUGCUUAUUCAAGAUGAUUCUACGUUAUUUCAGUUUUUUAAAAA